AGAGGGGUAGAAGAAGCCUCUUCUUCCCCCUCCUCCGCCGCCGUCUCCACCGGCGCCGCCAGCCCAACCCUACCCCUCUCCCCGCCAAUCCCGCCGUCUCAACCCAUGGACCGGCAAGCCCAGGACUACGCGGCCGCAGCCAUGGCGUACGCGCAGGCGCAAGCGCAGCAGCAGCCGCCGCCGCAGUACGGCUUCCACCCCCAGGCGCAGCCGCAGUACCCGCACCACCCGCACGCCGGCGGGCCGCCGCCCUACGCCGCCCCACUCCCGCAGUACCCGCAGUACCCGCGCGCCAUGCCGCCCCAGCAGCAGCUCUACCCGCCGCACCUCCAGCAGCCGUCCCCCUACCCGCCGCCGCCCCACGCCAUGCCGGCGCCCUCCCACCCCGCCUACAUGCACCAGCCGCACUUCGAGUCCGCGCCGCCCGCGCCCGCCCCUCCGCCCGCCGACCCGGAGCUCCAGAAGCGCAUCGACAAGCUCGUCGAGUACAUCGCCAAGAACGGGCCCGAGUUCGAGAUCGUGAUCCGCGACAAGCAGCACGACAACCCGGACUACGCCUUCGUCUUCGGCGGGGACGGCCACGCCUACUACAGGUACAUGCUCUGGGCCGCCGGCCGGCCGCCGUACCCGCACAUGUUGCCGCCGCCGCCCAUGGGUCCGAUGAUGCACGGCCCGCCGCCGAUGUACCCGCCGUUCUACGACCAGCACCAGCACUUUGGCGCCCACGGUCACGGGGAGUAUGAAGCUGCCACCGCGCAGUCGUUCAAGGGUCUCUCUGGGCCGCUCCCGGCGGAUGUCGGUGCCGAGCUGCACGAUGUGCUUGUUAAUCUCAAUGGCACCAAAGAGUCGAUAAAGGGGGCCAAGACAUGGUUCAUGCAGAGGGCGCCGUUCGCGCCGGCUCUGGCCGAAGCGAUUCGGGAGAGGGUGUUUGCUUUGGACGAUUCGGAGAGGCAGCUGCACAUUGUUUUCCUCGUCAACGAUAUUCUUUUCGAAGGCUUACAAAGACGUACUAAUAUUCAGGACCUUGACAAUGAGGCCGUUGCUUUUCAAUCUGUCCUGGGGUCCAUGCUUGCAAGGAUUUAUAAUAAUCCACAGAGUAAAGAUGACAACCAGAAUCGCCUUGAGAAAAUUUUGCAGUUCUGGGGUUCGAAGGAAGUUUAUGACCACGAAACCAUUGCUAACCUUGAAAGAGAGAUGAAAGGUGGGGCGUCCUAUCCUUCAGCACCACGACAUGUUUCACCAGAUCCCGCUAUGUUUCAUGGAUAUAUUUCCAGGAUCAGCGAGGGGCCCUCAAAAUGGUCCUCUGCUCCGCCAGACAAGGAGAAUGCAACUUAUCCUGUUUCUGCUGCACCCCAACCUGUGCUUUCUGCACAAUUUCCAGCAAGCCAACUUCCCGCUGGUGUUUACCCUCCUCUAGGCCAAACUACUUUUCCAGGAUCUUUGCCAAUGCAGCCAUCCUUACUCCCCACUCCGCUUCCUCAAAGUGCUGCUCCAGCUACUACGCAUGAUCAAAAUCUACCUCCUUAUCCACUAUUCCCCCCUGGCCUCAUUCCAGGAAUGGUCCGAAAGAUGCAAAUUGGCAGUGGGGUGCCAUAUUCUCCCUUGAGCCCACUCGACAUCCCCACGGUCAUCCCACCGUCAACAGUUUCAGAGUCUGACAUCCUUGACCGUGUGACCAAGUUCUUCAAGGAGAUCGGGGAGGUAAAUCCAUCAGAAGGUCCGAUGAAGCAAGGCGAGCCUGAUGAUUAUGACGAUUAUGAGAGGGAGCUUCCUGCUCGCAAGGGAGGUGCGUGCAUCCCUCCCCCUGCCAGCUUGCAUGUAAACCCUGAGACAGGGAUGCGCGCUGAUGGCACGGUUGAUAGCAAACCGGGAUCGAGCGGCCGGCUGGGCCUUGGAGCCUCUGCUGACCCAAAUGAGGAGAGCCACCAGUACGGUGAUGUCUAUUCUUCGUAUCGCAAACAGAGGAGCAGCAACUACCAUUCUUCCAUGAGUUCUCGCUCAUUGGCACCAAGGUGAAAACAGAAGAAACCCAACGAGUUUCAUUUCCAUUUCCGUCUGCUAGGGGCGAGAAUGGCAGUCUUUUCGAGUGUAUCUCAGUAGACAGAAUCGGACUAUCAAAUGAUUGUACAAUGUAACAUUUUUUACCUUUGCGGAAGACUUGGGACUGCAGCUUCUUACUUUGUAGAGUACUAGAGCAGCAUGUUAGUUGGAAACGCGGUUUGUUUUGUUUCAUAGAUGUGAUGUCUUUAACUGCAGCUGUGUAAUUUAGUUCAAAUGUGACGUGAUUUUGGUUCC